GAGCCCGUGUGUGUGUCUGGAAGCCCAGCAGGUGUCUUGGCUUCCUAUCCAGCAUCACUUCAUGUUUGUGUUAAUAUUCACUAAUGAACACCUGUAACUGUGUAUUCACUAUUCUUAUAGAUUGUGAACAUGAGUCUUCAGUUACAAAUAAAAAAUGUUCUUCAGAUAACCUAAUGCAGACGUUUAGUAAUUCUAAACCUCAGAGAAGGGAAGAGCUAGCCCUGAUACUUCAGAUCUUUCACAGAUCCUCGAGUCUCAGGACGGAUCACAUUUUCUGAAGAGUUCAGAUGACGUUUUAGCUGAUGGAGAUCUCUUCCAUAUACUUUCAUCAGAGACCCGUGGUAAAUCAUUUACAAGAGUAUUACCGAGCAAGGAAAUGAAAGAUUCACAGUCUCCCAGAGCAUCACUUCCAGGGAGUGACAGACCAACAGCACCAUUCGUCGCCCCCACUGUUGUUAUUAAAAGAAAGCCACUGGAGACUGACAUCUCAAAGGCUACCAUUUCAGAAGAGAAUUUACAAAGUAAGACUGAAAAACAGACUUACCAAGAAGAAAGAGAAUUGGAUGCUCAGGAUGAGGAGUCAGAUGGCAGCCUUCUGCCUGAGAAUGAAGUACUGUCAAAACCUGACACACCAAUGUUGAGACAACGAGGAAACAGACGCACUGCUCAGGAUAAGGUACCAGAUGGAAAUCUUACAUAUGAGCAUCAAACCUUACCAUCGACAACACAAGAGCAAGCAAACACACAAAGGACACCUGGAGGUGAAACAGACGUUACUCAUGAUGAAGGACCAGCUGAAAACCCUGUGCUUGAGCACCAGGACUCAGUGUUGGAAACCCAGCUGGAAGCAAAGAAACAAAGACCUUCUGAAGGGAAAAGACUCAGUGGUUAUGAUAGAGCAUCAUAUGAAAAUCGUACGCCGGAGCACCAGGAACCAGCGUCAGAAACCCAACCAGAAGCACAGAGACAGAGAGAGAAGAGACUCCGUAAGUCUCGUGAUGACAUUCCAGACAGAAACCCUGUGCUUAAGCCUCAGGACUCAGUGCUAAAGCUCCAAAUGCAGGUACAGAAGCAAGUAACGUCCGGAAGGGGAAGACCUGAUAGUUACUAUGGAGCGCCAGAUAAAGACCUUACGUUCGUGAAUCAGGAUUCAGUUUCAAAACCCCAAGUGCAAGUAAAGAAACAAAUAACUUCCAAAGGGGAAAGACGCCACACAUUUCCUCUUGAAAACCAGAAAAAGAACACGACAACACUUGGAAAUCUCCCUCCUGAGAGGGAAGAUUUAUUUUCGAGGAACCAGUCUCAGGCUAAGAAACUUGGAGCUACCAGAAAGGAGGAUCUGGAUACUCAGAAAGCGGCACUAAAUCUCUUAACCGAGGAGGAAGUGGAAUUGUCAAAAAACCAGCCUCAGACUAAGAAACUUUGGCCUGUCGAAAUGGAAACACUAAGUAAUGUGGAUGAACUCUCAGAUGAGACUUUUACACUUAACGAUGUAGAAUCAGCUGCAGGAUACAAGGAUCAAAUUCAAACAAGUGGAGUUUACCUCUUGGAAAGACUGGGAGAAACUGACCUAGAACGUUUGAAAGAUACUGUUGGAAGACGCCUCUUAGCGGGGGAAGUGAAGAUAGAACCAAAGAGCCUCCCUGAGACCGAUACAGAGCGCUUCCCAGGUGCUGUCGGGAAAGGUCUACGAAAGGGUGAAGUCAAGACGCAAUCCAAGAGUCAUCUCGAGACUAAUACAGAAUCCUUCCCAGAUAUUAUUGGAAGAGGUAUUGUGAAGACUGAAAUCAAGACAUGGUCCAAGAGUCAUCUUGGGACUAAGGUAGAACGGUUGGCAGAAAAAAUUCAAAGAAAUGUAAUGAACGGAGAGUUCAAGGUACAAUCAAUGCAUCUCCCUGAGACCGAUACAGAGCGCUUCCCAGGUGCUGUCGGGAAAGGUCUACGAAAGGGUGAAGUCAAGACGCAAUCCAAGAGUCAUCUCGGUGUGAAUUUAUUUGAAGACAAAGAUAUGUCCCCACAGCAUCAAGCAGAUCUUUUUACUUGGCCCAUUGCACCAGCUAAAUUUUCAACAAACAAGAUCAAUGUUUCACCUGUUGACAGUCAAGGUAUGAAUUUACUUGAAAACAAAAACGCAUUCUCACAUCAGGAUCUGUAUUCCAGGCACAACACAGCAAGUAAAUACACAACGAGAGUGAUUCACUUAGCGCCCUUUGACAACGAAGAAGAACCUUCCGAGUACUUUUCACCCCCUGUGACUGGACAUCCAAAACCACUUCACAGAGCGUUGGGGGCUGGACCAAGUGCUUAUAAAACCAAGCAGCUUCCUUCACCGGACAAAGGACAUUCAGUCCCAGGCAAGUCCAACAGAAAGACUAAACAUGAGGGGCAUCAAAAAAAAUUGACCUCAGGGAAUAAAAAGGUUGACCUUAAAGAUACUCUGCCUGCUAUGAUCUCUACAGCUGUAAAACCUAUCUAUAAAGUGCCACGUACAGCUGCCCAAAAACCUGUAACCCGCCCACACUUCUGAGGAUAAAUAAAUAACGAGCAGAUUUGUGGAGACAGUAGUGAAACUGCGGGAGUGGAAGCCUUAUGAAAACAACAGGCCUGGAGCCCACGGUGCGUCCUGAACGGCAGCGGGAGGGGCCGCUGCCCAUGGAGUGCUCUGAUCGGCAGCAGGUGAGUUUGAAUGUUUGAACUGCUUUUCCUUUUUUCUAAUUUUGAAAGUAUCACAGUCGUCUUUUGUUAGGGGAGGGUGUAGGUUUAUUGAUUUUUUUAAUGAAGGCGCUGAGGAUGGAACCCAGGACCACAUGCAUGCUAAGCAUGUGCUCUACCACUGCGCGCCACUGUACCCUGCUCCCUGCCAGCUGUCUUCUAAAUUUCAAACGAUGAAAAUACUCCCGAUUCAAGAUGGUACUGUUCAAACACUGCACGACCAACGUCAAAAAGGAAAGGAAGGAAACAUAAAUGCCUCGUGACAGGAACCUCACUGACACGUGAGAGCAAGUCUGAAGGGGUGCAAACACAAGUGAUGGGAGUG